AUGCACAUAGGAUCGUUCUGUUCCUUGGACACAGACGAUAAUGGCAGUAUCUCUCGAUCCGAACUUCGGGCUGCGGCAGAGACGGACGAGGACUGUGACGGUGAGAUUUCACCCGCAGAAAUGUGCAGUGCGGUACUACACACUGGGUUUACUAUGUUCGACCUCAACCACGACGGAGUGCUUGAAUGGGAUGAGGUCAAACACUUCAUGGAACGUACCUUGGGCAGGCCCGUGGAGAAUCAAGGAGUUGACGAGCUUUUCAGUAUCUACGACAAGGAUGGGACAGGGGUAAUCACACGCGAGGCCGUUCGACAGCGGGCGUUGCAGCCCAAAACGUGCAUAUAGCAUCACCUGGGCCUCUUCCGACACUAACUUAGUUAUUAUUGUAGUUUACAAAACUUAUACAUAAACAAAG